CAUAUCCGCUUGGGAAUUCGCGCUUUGUUAAAGCACGUUGUUGUUCUUGAAGAUUUCCAAUCAAUUUUUUGCACAAAUUUACAUUUAACGUGAGAAGCGUAACAAAAUGCCUACAAAAAUAUUUGUUGGUAACUUGGCUGCAGAGACUCAGAGUGAUGAUAUCCGAGCAUUGUUUGAGAAGUAAUGGGUCAGUGGUGGAAUGCGAUGUUCUCAACAGAUAUGGCUUUGUGCACAUGAACAAUGAAGAAGAAGCUUUGGCAGCUAUUGAUGGCAUUUCGGGACUCGAUGUCCAUGGCUCGAAAAUAAAUGUAGAGUUAUCACACAGCAAACCACGGAAGCCAGGUGGAAGGGACUUUGGUGGUGGACGAGACUUUGGCGGUGGACGUGAAUUUGGUGGGCGAGGUCGUGGGAGGGGAGGCUCUCGAGGUGGACGUGGAGGUGCUGGCCGAGGGAUGGGCCCUCCUGGUGGGCCACGGAGACCUGCCUACGACCCUUACCCUGCCAUGGACAGGUAUGAUCGUUAUGACAGGUAUGAUGAUUACUACAGGUAUGACAGAGCUCGGCCCUACCCUGAUCCAUACGAACGAGAAAGGAGACAGCUGCCAGCAGAGCGACCCCUCCCACCUCUUUACGACAGACGACCUCUCCCUGGGGCGCGGCUCACACCACCCUCAGAUCCCUACAGACGGCCCCCACCAGAGUACUAUGACAGAAGUGGCUAUGGGGCUGGGUACGAGACAAGACGAGAAAUGCCCGGACAGUUACCCAGAGAACAUGCCCUUGCAGAACUAGCAGCCCGAGAAAGAGAUCCGUACCUUGCCAGAGAAAGAGACUAUGCUUAGCUGACCGUGGCGACCCUAUGCGGGCAAUAGCACCACGAGACCCGUAUGCCAGGGAACGCGAAGUAGCUGGAAAUGGUUACGAUUAUCGUUCAGAGUACAGGCGUUACGAUUCAGCUCAGUCGACAGCUUACCCAGAUUAUCAGCGCAGUAGCUAUGGAGAGUCUGGUUACGGAGCCAGUACCACGAGCUACGGCUCAGUGCCACUGGUGCAAGCGCUGGCUAUGGCUCUAGCGGUGCCACAGGUUACGAAGGGUCCGUGAUCCGUAUGCGUCCCAGCGUGGGGCGCAAGACAGCUAUGGUCAAGCUGCUACUCAAGCCCAAACUGGCAGUAGCCAAAAUGGAUCAGUCGUUCCUGGCGAAAGGCCCGAUAUUCUUCUAAGCGAUCCUGCCUCUAGGGCUUCCGUCAUGUCAUCAUCCAUCGAUUUCGUCGUAUAUGUAUUCAUCUGUGGACUUCGUGUUUUAAUUACUUUUGUAGCCUUGUUGGACAGAAUUUGACAUUCAUUUGUAUAGGUUGCGGAUCGGAUGUUAAGGGAGAUAAUAUUCCUGGACGCUGAUAACUUAAAAACUUAGAGAUUUUCCGAUUUUUAACAAACAUUUGAACUCACUGGUAAUACCAAGACCGCCCCUGUCAUGCAGCCAAAAUAGGAGAGUCAAGCAAUUUUGGAGUCCGUUUAAUGGAGAAAUUACUUACCGGUUUAUACUGCUAUCAUUUGGUGGCUGUUACUAUCAGACAUUCUAAUAUUAGCUCGACUCCAUGUCUCGCUGUUGUAUAUAUGUGCUAUUGUACGGUAUAAGCUUUACGAACAAAUCGUCAUGUUCGCUUUUUGUCAACAUCUUUAUCAAAGUGACACUUACCUAUUGACUGCAACGUUGUUAGUGGAUGUUUUAUUUUUAAAGGGAACUUCUUGCUCCAGUAGAAGGGCUAGAUAGCACAUUUAAUUCUCCUUUAGCAGAGUUAUUCUACGUAUGUUUUGUGCUGCUGCAUUUAUGAUUUACUUUAAAAUUAUGUCUGUGUCACAUUGUUUUUCAAGUAUUAAAAUUUUCCCACAUAAUGUUUAGUGGUUUAGUCAAACUUAUUAUUUUAAAGGAUUGGUUGGUGAUAGUCAAAUAUGGGGAUUUGCUUUUUAUAGAUCAGCAGUAUUAUGGAUGUUUUAUGGAAUAUAUUUGAUGAGAUGGAUAUGACCGUUCAUCAGACUGAUGUUGGUUUGGAAUGUCUGCAAGCCUAGUAAUUUGAUCCAACACAAGCCUGAAAGGUUCUUGCACAUUAUUCUUUGUUUGUGCUGAUGCCUGUAUUUUUGCCUUAGUAGUUAAGAGGCAUAGCAAAAGCUGGAACAGUUAUGCGUUUUAAAUAAAAGCACCAAAUUUAGAACACAGGUAGACUAAAGUAUUAUACGCAAGUCUGGAUACUGGGCCAUUGCCGAUCCACCCAUGAUGUGCAUAACAGCCAUUUUGCAAAAUGGCCGCCAUGAACCAUAUUUGUCUUUUCAUUGAGUACAAAGCCUGCUGAAGUAUCAGAGGCUAGAAGGCAAACGUGCUGUCAAUGACCUAAAGAGGUUUGUACUGUAAAUCAACAUGAUUGCUUCACAAAAUAGACCUAAAUUUCACGAGAAUCAACAAAGCUAAUACUGUUCAUGUAACACAACUAUAGACUCAGUCUUGAUUAUUCUGACUUUGUCUUGUUAUAAAUUUAGAACAAUUUGUUGAAAUGGCGAUAAAAUUUGAAAAAAUGCGAAUGUUUUUGGCUACAAAUUUAUUUACUCAAGAAAAAACACGAACGUUGUACAAAAUCUUUUAACAGAUUUUCGCAAUUUAUCUUAUGAAAAUAAUCCACUUACUUUCAUUUCAAAAGGCCUCAUCUCAGCGAAACAACAACAGUUAAAUGUUUCAGAAUGUGCCCUUACAUAAAUGUGUACACUGCCUGGUUUUCUCCAGUCAGACUGUGUUACUCCAAUGUACUGAUCAUAAUGUCGCAUUCAAAUAAACUGAAUUCACAAAUCAGUUUCGUAACAAUUUUUUCUGAUAGAGGAAAUUACAUUUUACUAGCCUUCUGCAGAUAGGUUGGAAAAGGGAUUGAUUUUUUUUUUUCAAAAAAAGAAAAACAUGUUGCCAAACAUUGGUCCAUUAUUUUGAGGGCAGUUGUUCUUAAUGUAACGUUUGAUAAACUGCAGAUAUAGCUGGAAGAGACCAAUCUGAUUCUACCAGCUAUACCAAGGCAGAUAAAAGCAAAUUACAGAAGACCUACAAGAGUCAUGGCCGCUGAGGAAGUAUGGCUAAAGAAAUUUACUACAAAAUCUGAUGAGUGACUACUGUGACUGGCUAAAAAAAAAUACUGACCCAACUGAAGCCCUGCAUAAUGAUAUAUGGUGUUCAUUUUUUAACUGAGCCAAGGCCGGGUCAAAGAAUGUGUUGCAUUAUAGAGGUGAAGGGCAGAUAUUUCUUGCAAAAGCAAGCAUACUAUUCAAUAUACAUGCAUGCAAAUUAAAGCCUCUAUAGUUCAGAUUUAAAAUAUAGUCUGUAAUUUGCACCAUGGCAUGUUUAAACUAGCCUUGAAAAUGACAAAAAAAACUCCUUGAAUUUCAUUUUCAUAAACCUGUACGAACCCUGUCAUAUGUUAACAUAAUAAUCAGCGAUGGCAAUUUCAACAUUGUCCAAAUCUGUGAUACAAUGUUCUGUCAGGUGUGUACAUUGACUGCAGUGUAAUGCUGAGUGGCAGAAACUACUUGUCUAUCAACUUUCUCAGUUGCUGAGCUGCAUUAGAAAAUAAUAGAAUAUCCCAAAUGUUGAAAGAUACGUACAGGUAGUGUCUUAGUAAAUAUUGGUCAAGUUUUUGUAUCUCUGAUAUUUUGGCAUCAUAAAAUGUGAUGUUGAUAUAAUAUACAACACCAGGUUAGAUCUGUGUCUCAUACUGAUGCUUUCAUAAUGUUGGGCCUAAGCUUUGCUGAUGUUGGAAGAGUUAAACUGGACAUCUGUGGUGACACACCAGUCACACAUGGAAGUGUGCUAAAUAAAAAGAACAAUUUAGUUUGAGUCUCUUCAUGAUUUAGUAAGUGAAAAAAAUACUCCAAGAGUAUCCCUGCUAGCUAAAAUUUACCUAUUGAAAUACUUUAAAACCAUUUUGCCAUCAUUUAUGAGAAAACCCCAUCUUGCUACUGAGUGCAGUUCUACAACUGGUGAUGUAUUCAGCACAAAUACAUAUGGUCCAAAAGUUGUAGCGGUGCACAGCAAAUUUCACUCGCAAUUCAUGAAAGUUCAGGUACAUUCCAAUGCGCCAUAGCCUCUUGUCAUCAUGACAGGGCAACAUGAUAUUCAUGUACUAAACAUGUGACAGGUAAUUGGUUGAUAAUGUACGCAUACAGGAUAGGCCUAUAGGUUUACAUCUCAUCAGUUCGUCACUUAUUUUCAUAAUCAUUUUUCGUAUUUGGAUGGAAAUUUGUUACACGUUUUCUAUGGAACGAGUUAUAGAUAAUGUUCAAAUUUCAAGCUAUUCAGUUGAUUUUCAAGAUUAUGGCUGUUUUUGCCCUGUUUAUGCACUUUCAGAUAACUAUUAGCUUGAAGUUGGUCGGGGAUAUGUAUAGUGAAACAGUGAAGAAAGGAGAAGCCUUAUUAAUCCAUGGCAUAACGACAGCCCUCAUCCAUGCAUCCAAAGACGUUUAACCCUAACCCGUCUCCCCAAUUCUCAAGAAAAGAAUGUUACAUGUACAUUCGUGGAAAUGCAAUGAGUGCUCGAAAAUAUGCGGUAGUCUGCCAGCACAACCCUUCUGGAGACUAGGACCUGAAUCAUGUGCUCCCUGUAUACUGGACUGUAGGGGAAUGUGAAGACAGGAACUUGUUCUGCACAAACCUUUAUAAUCUGGCUAAAAUGUUUUUAAGUCACAAACUGACUUCUGUUUAAUAAAACUAAUGUGAUGAUGUUGUAAAGGGGGGCAUACCAAGUAUUUACAUAGUGCGUUUGGUGAUAUUGGUUCAGCCUUCGACUCAGCAUGUUAAUCCGAAUGUUUCCUGACACUAACACCGUAACUAGUAAGAUGUAUUUCUUGAUGCGAGGUCCUCAACUUACACUGGUUUAAGGCAAAACGCCGUUUACUGAAGUCUCACCAGACCUACAGUGAACGCCAACAACAACAAAAUUGCCAUGUACAUGGGUGUGUGGAUUUGGGCCUUAUUAUGUCUCAGUCGUGUCACAUAAAGAUUGUGCAUGUGUAACACAUGGGGCGUCUGGUGGACCUGAUUGCAACAGUAUUGCGCGCAAUUAGUCAAAUGUGAGCUCUCAAGUUUAUCCUUGUUGACAAUCAUAAAAAGUUGUUGGUAUGGGUGUCCAGUCUCCUGUGUAAGCACUGAACUCCUGAUUGAGUUUUAAUACACAUGUAGUUUAAAAUCUCUUUCUAGUUAACGUAAUGCAUGCCACGCAAGCAUUGGCAGUAACAUCGUGUGAUUUUUUUGUGUAGUAUAGGUUGCGUUAGAUUGUUAUCUGAUUUAUUGUAAGUUCCGCCAAGUUUAGUCAGAAAGAAGAUUCCCUUUGAUGUACUCAAGUAAGGGUACAUUCUCGAGAAUUCCAGCGGUUGAAGAAAGCAGUGUGAGAAAACAAAACCAACUUUUGACAGGUAAGAUCCGCCCAGUGUCAGCGUUAUAAAUAUUCAUUAAAUAUUCUAAUAUUUAAAACAAAAAUUGCGCCAUGUCGUGGAAACAAAAACAGAUUUAUAAAAAGAAAACAUAAACCCGCUGCAUGAUUAGUUUCGUUUUAGAAUUCGCCGAUUUACUGACAUGCGCUAAACUGCACCCGAAAAGUGAUAACCGUCGAUGCGUAUUAUCUGAUUCGAUUUAAUAACCAUAAAGACCGACGCUAAUCGCCACCUGGCUUGUUACGAAAUAGUAUGGUGAUGAGACACGAUAAAUGUAUGUAGCACCACACUUGGAAGUGGAUGACCCUGUUGGCUUAUACUUUAUAAUUCAAAGAUAUUUCUCACUGGAUUUGUG